CAAACUGAAAUUCUUCAACAUAUUUAGAAGAGAUAAACGGUCUUUUUAAAUUGUAGGAUAGAGGACGUAACUGAAUAUUUGUGGUACAUAUGGAACAAUUAAGUGGACCUGUCAUUUUACUAAUAGCUUUCAUAGUAGGCAGUCUUCUCGGCUGGUUUCUGAGAGGACAGAGAGAAACAGUCAAAGAACCGCCAGGAAUAUUGAAUCUAGAUGCAGUUGGCGAAUACAAGAUGGUUUUAGUGGUAAGACAGGAUCUUGGAAUGGGCAAAGGAAAAGUUGCAGCUCAAUGCUGUCAUGCAGCAGUUGGCCUUUGUAGACAAAUGGAAACAAGCAACCCAAAGCUGUUACGUGAAUGGGACCAAACAGGAUGUGCCAAAGUUGUUGUGAAGGCCCCAGAUGAGGAAACGUUAGUGGAGCUGACACGAACAGGAAGAUCUUUAGGUCUGGAGACUUGUCUUAUUAGAGAUGCAGGCAGGACACAGAUAGCUCCUGGCUCUAAAACUGUUCUUGGUGUAGGACCUGGGCCAGUAGAUAUAAUAGACAAAGUGACUGGCCAUUUAAAGCUAUACUAAUGAAACUAAAUGACCUGAAAUCAUAUUUUUUUUUAGCUUUAGAAAAACUAAUCUCACUUUGUAUAGUAUUGUUGUGUUGCCUAUUUCUGUAUAUUUAAUGUUUGAGAAAUAAACUUCAAACAAGCUUUC